AUGACGACUGAUGGCGCUGCAGUUAUGGUCAAGGUUGGACGCAUUCUCCCUGUCCCGCACCAUCAAUUGUGCCUUGCACACGCUGUACAGCUGGCUGUACUGGAUGUUUUGUAUAAAAACUCACCACAAACAGAAACAUGUGAAGAUACAGGCAGCUGCUCUGACUCAGAUAUUGAAGAAGACGGCGAAGACGGAUUUGUAAUCGAACGCACAAGAGAACGAAGACUGUUAAUCGACGAUUACAAAGCCAUAAUUAAAAAAGUUCGAUCAGUGGUUAAGAUUUUUAAAAAUUCACCAACAAAAAACGACGCCAUGCUUCAAAAAUAUGUGCAAGCUGAAUUUGGCAAAGAAUUACAACUCCUUCUAGACUGCAGAACUCGAUGGAACAGUCUAGCCACUAUGUUGGAACGUUUCUUAAAACUAAAAUCAUGCAUACAGAAAGCAUUGAUUGAUGUUAAGUCUGAUAUAUCAUUCUCAGACACAGAAAUUGCAUGUCUUCAAAACCUGCAUACCUGUUUAGACAUGAUCAAAAGUACAGUAGAAGUACUCUGCCGCAGAAAUUCCACCAUUCUCACAGCCGAUACAGCUCUAAAAUUUUUAGUAAAAUCAUUAGAGAACCAAUACAGUGUUACUGGCGAAAAACUGGCAAAUUCUCUAAAAAGGAGAAUCAAAGAGAGACGCCUCUACAAGGUUGUUGGCGCCCUACAAUACUUACAGAAUCCUAACCAAUUUAUGAAUGGAACUGAGGAAGAUGACGAUACAUACCAAAAACCAACUUAUGAUGAAAUGAAAAAUUUGAUCUGUCAAACUGCAGCUUUAAAUGGUGAUAAUUGCACAUCUACUUCAGCGAACAAGAACUCCAGUUCAGAAACACCUUGUGAAUCUGAUUCCGAAACACCAUCGCUGAGUUUUAAAGAGCUGCUAGAUCGGCAUAUUAUAUCCCUUGCAAGUGAUAGUAGAGAUCCUCAACCUCACCCAUCGAGUUCACCCAGCGGAUCUGAUUUGCCUACAUUAAUUCAUGUCGAAAUGGCAUUGUAUGAGAAUGGGGGUGGUUGUGGAGAGAUCCUUAAAACAGUUCUAAACAGGUUGUUGGCUAUACCGCCAACGAGUGUUGAGUCGGAAAGGGCGUUUUCUACUGCUGGGAUAUUUUGCAACAAGAUGAGAUCACGUCUAAACGACGACACCCUUGACGGCUUUAUGUUUCUAAGAUCUCGAUUAUUAAAGAAUACCGCCUAG